GAUUGAAUGAAGUGUCCGUGCUACCUAACAUUUAGAAACAAUCAAAUGAGCAAUCCAACACAAAUGAAAUAAGUUCAUAGUAAAUUUGAUGCAUACAAAGAAAAAGUGAAGACUUUUUUUUUAAAAGGUGGUAAUCAACUCUUUCGAGUCUCCAUUAUAGUUGGUUGUUAAUUACGGGAUAUGAAUUUAUAACCUUUGGAUUACUUAGAGGUGUUUUAACCAUCUAAGUUAGGCCGCCAUUGGCAAGUAAAAGAUUGUUAUUGAAAGAAAAUGUUCUAAACCGAGAUGCUUUGUAUAAGAAAGCCACAUAUAGAUUAUAUACAUCUGCUUGAAGCUUGCAUACAGUCAAAAUCUCUACUUCAAGGCAAGCUCAUCCACCAACAUCUCCUCAAAAACCACAUUACAACCCCUACCAAUACUCAGUGUAGCCAGAUUAUUGAAAAACUCACGCACUUUUAUUUGGUAUGUAAUAACGUUGUAUCUGCACGCCACUUGUUCGAUGAAAGUCCCCAGAAGCCGAAAAAAGUUCUGAUAUGGAACAUGUUGAUAAGGGCAUAUGCUUGGAAUGGACCCUUUAAUGAAUCCAUUAGCUUGUACUUUAAAAUGCUUGAAUUGGGUAUCCAACCCUCUAAAUUUACGUACCCUUUUGUUCUUAAAGCAUGUUCUGCUCUUCAAGCAAUUGAAGAGGGUAAAGAGAUUCAUUUUCAUGCUAAAAGACUGAAGCUUGAUUCUGAUGUUUAUGUGGCUACUGCUUUGGUUGAUAUGUAUGCGAAAUGCGGGUGUUUGGAGGAUGCGGAGAUGGUGUUUAAUGAUAUGAAUUCUAGAGAUGUUGUUGCUUGGAAUUCUAUGAUUGCAGGGUUUUCUCUGCAUGGGGGUUAUGUUGAUGAGAGUAUUCGAUUGCUUAUCCAAAUGCAAGAGGAUUUUGUGACACCUAAUUCUUCGACUAUGGUUGCUGUUCUUCCAUUGUUUGCUCAAGCUAAUCUUCUAAGCCAUGGAAAGGCGGUGCAUGGUUUUUGUGUAAGGAGAGGGUACAUUCGUGGUGUGGUGGUUGCAACUGGACUUUUGGACAUGUAUGGGAAAUGUCGGUUUAUAAGUUACGCUAGAAGAAUUUUUGAUACGAUGGGCGUUGUCAGGAAUGAGGUUACUUGGAGUGCAAUGCUUGGUUCUUAUGUUAUAUGUGAUUUAAUGAGGGAGGCAUUGGAUUUAUUUCAGGACAUGAUGAGGAUAAAGGAUGCUGCGUUUGUUGGUCCUACAGAAGUAACUCUUUCUGCUGUACUUCGAGCUUGUGCAGAGUUAACAGACGUGAGCAGAGGAAGAUCCAUACACUGUUACGCGAACAAAUUAGGAUUUAUUUCAGAUUUAAUGUUUGGAAAUACUUUACUUUCAACGUAUGCGAAGUGUGGGAUUGUCGAUGACACUAUAAGGUUUUUUCACGAAAUGGAAUUCAAAGAUGAAGUUUCGUACAAUGCUAUUAUUUCAGGGUGUGUGCAGAAUGGUAAUGCGAAAGAGGCUCUGUCUAUGUUCUGUAGGAUGCGAUUGUCUGGGAUGGAUCCGGAUUCCGCAACCAUGAUAGGGGUCAUCCCAGCUUGUGCUCAUUUGGCAGCUCUACAACACGGUUCUUGCUGUCAUUCUUAUGCAAUAAUCCAGGGAUUUGCAGUUGAACUAACAAUUUGUAAUGCUCUUAUUGACAUGUAUGCGAAGUGUGGAAGGGUAGAUACUGCUAGGAGAGUUUUCGAUAAUAUGCACAAGCGGGAUAUUGUAACAUGGAACUCAAUGAUAUUUGCUUACGGUAAUCACGGUCUAGGAAUGGAAGCCUUAAAUUUAUUUGAUAAAAUGCUGGCAGGUGGUUUAGAGCCAGACGAUGUUACUUUCAUUUGUGUCGUAUCUGCUUGCAGCCAUUCAGGACUCGUCACAGAAGGUCAACGUUGGUUUAACGCUAUGCGACGAGAUUUUGACAUCAUUCCUAGGAUGGAGCAUUAUGUAUGCAUGGUUGAUCUCUUAAGCCGAGCAGGAUAUUUUGAUGAGGUACAUAAUUUUAUUAAACAAAUGCCAUUUGAGCCUGAUGUUCGUAUCUGGAGUGCCCUUCUUUCUGCUUGUAAGGUUCAUAACAAUAUUAAACUUGGGGAAGAAGUAUCAAAGAAAAUCCAGAAGCUAGGACAUGAAAGUACUGGAAAUUUCGUUCUUUUAUCGAAUAUGUAUAGUACAGUUGGGAGGUGGCACGAGGCAGCUGAGGUUAGGAUCACGCAGAAGGAUCAAGGUUUUAUGAAGAGCCCUGGAUGCAGUUGGAUUGAGAUAGGUGGCGUUGUUCACGCGUUUAUCGGUGGAGAUACGUCGCAUCCGCAAUCACCUAGGAUAAAGCAGAAACUUACUGAACUUUUGGUGGAGAUGAAAAAGUUGGGUUACAAAGGGGAGUCUACAUUUGUUUUUCAUGAUGUUGAAGAAGAGGAAAAGGAGCAGAUUCUGCUUUAUCAUAGUGAAAAACUGGCAAUUGCAUUUGGUAUCCUUAGUCUGAGCCCCAACAAGUCCAUUUUAGUAACUAAGAAUUUGCGAGUUUGUGGGGAUUGUCAUGCUGCUAUAAAGCUUAUCUCUCUUAUUACCAAGAGAGAUAUUACAGUUCGAGAUGCAAGUCGGUUUCAUCAUUUCAGAAAUGGAAUUUGCAAUUGUGGAGAUUUCUGGUGAAGAUAAAACUUCGAAGGAAAAUGCUGAAACAGAAAAUGAAAAAAGCCGAAAUGACAUUUUUUGUAAAAAAUACUAUCACAUAUACAAAGUUUUAGAGCAGAAACAAAAAACUUAAAGUAGAAAAUGCUGAAAUGGAAAACAGAAAACAGCGAAAUGACAUUUUAUAAAAAAAGUAAUACUAUAAAUAAAAAAAAUUAGAGUUGCAAAGUGUUCAAAUCAAUUUUCAUGCCUCGGAUGCUUUCUGAACCAAGUUGCAGAUAUUCUCGAAAGAAUGGGGUAAAAAACAUAGAAUCCAGAUCUUUGUGCAAUUUCAUAUUUACAUAAGAAACAAGAUAUAAUUAGU